GGAAUGUUAUCAUGGGAAGGCCACCCAGGUAUGGUUCCUCUUCUUCAGUGCUACAUUGGAACAGCUUCUUCACCAUUGAGUUACCCAUCACCUGACAGACCCCAUAAAACAACCAGCUCAUUGAGAAAAUGGUUUGAAACUUUGGUAGGUGCAGUAGAAGGCAUGUCAUAAAGUUUAGGGUGGAAGCCCUUGAGUUGAACUAUUUCUAGAGGUGAGGAAAGGGGGUGUAUCUUUUGUGGGCAGGAAACUUAGGCCUUCUUAACAACCGAGAUGGUUAUCUUUUCCAUUUGGAUAAGGAAAGAUAUGAUCUUCCUUGUCCUACAGACUACUGCAAAAAUGGGCUUAAACUUGUCUAUCAUUUGACUUGGACAUGUAAUAAUCUAAUCUUUUUUCCAUAUUUCAUAACUUUGCUUCCUAUGACAUUUGAUAUUAUUAUGCAUGGUGUAGCCAUUAAUUUCCAUACAAAUGUAGCUUCUUGCCAUGUACCUGUAGUAGUUGUUGUUGUCAAGUUUUUCGGACAAGUAAGCUUGUGAUCCUGAAAAUUAAAAUAAUUGCCACACGUCUGAAAGGAUAACUGAGUUGAAGAGAAGGUUUCUUGCCCUGUUUACCUUGGCAUAAGACAUGAAUUUUAUUUUUCUUUUUGUGUUUUAAUCUUAGACAUAGGAAAUUGAAAUCCAAUGAUUUUAGGUUCAAGGUAAACCUUUAACUGCAAGAUCUCUAAAGUAGAUGACUCAUUGGCUGUAAGAAAAAUGAAUUUUCAAAGAGCAUGAAUUCAAAACACACUCAAGACAAACAUACUCAAAAACAAUGCCUGUCAUAGGAUUUUAAACUAUUAUUGUGGGAAAAAGGGCCUUUAAAUAGUUAAAUUUGUAUUGAACCCUUUGUUUAAGAUACAUAUUUGGAAUCAUUGAACAAGGAAAAACUGAAAUCAAACUAUUGUUGAUUCAAUUAAACUUAAAAUCAUUUUAAACUCCUUCACGUGUAUUUUCAAAAAGACAAUAACAUGUCCAAUAACUGUUUUAUUAUUAUUUUUUGGUCGACAGAGGAGGAUGUUUUCCAAAAGGCUGUCACCAUUCACUACAAAUCACCUAUCUCAGGAAGUUGGUAGUCAUAAAGGUUACACUUUAGUGGGAAUUCCUGGUCAGUUUUAUCACCAACAAAUAGAAAACACAUUUAAAAAGGUCAGAAUAAUAUUGAAUAUUAAAUAUUUAAUAACUAUUUAUCAAUGAUUCUGUCAUCAUGGAAGAUGGAGUUCAGCUAGCUGACUUUCCAUAACUAGGUAUGAUUACCUAGUUUUCAUGAUGUGUUGUUGGAGUUCUAAUUAUUGUAAGCUGUUAACAUACCUGUGUUUAUGUUUUUUCUUUCUACAGUUGGCUAAGAUUUGGGAGGAAAAGAUACAAGUGUUUGUUGUUAUUCCAUCCUCAGAUGUUGAGGAGUAAGUUUUUUCACUCCUAGUCAUGACCAAAAAGACAUUUCUCCUUAAAAUAUUAAUUCCUUUUCAAUUAAAAAGAAGAUAAGUAAAAGUUAAAAGAUAUAUCUUUUAAAAUGGUGUAGCUAAUAAUUACUACAAGUUUGUAAAAUUUUUAUAAAAUGAUGAAUAUCACUAAUACUUGUGCUUCAUUCAUGGUGACAGAUAUAUGAUUGAGGCAUACAACAUCAGCAAGGUUCCUGCCAUUGUAGUGUUCAACUCUCAAGGUUGGUCCACAGAUUUGAUCUUCUUGUUGCCUUGUAGAUUUUGCACUAUGGGUACUAAUAUACAGCCAUCCACAGAAUGUCACUGUUUAUGAUUUAUCAAGAAGAGAAGUUACACUGUUAAAGAAAAAAAAGGACUUCAUCAUGUUUGUUUUAUUUUAAUGUUUUCCUUAGAGUGGAAAGAAAAAGGAAAGUCUUCAUUAGUUUUACAAAGUGUUCUUGAAGUAGAAGAGAGAAGACUUCAAGUUAUGCUGGUCACCCUACACAGCCAAGCUUACCAAUUGAAUCUGGUCAGUUUGUAAUUUUUUUAAGAACUUUUUUUUCUAUGCUAUGACAUGUGUAAUGCUCAGUUAUAUAGUAAUUUGGUAUUAUCAACUGAGUUGAGAAUGAAAAAUUGGCCACAGUUAAGACAUUCAAAGCUGACAUUUCAAGGGUUAGCCCUUCAUUCGCUCUGGCAAAGGGCUAACACUUGAAAGGUCAGCUAGGAAACUCUUAAUGAUGGCCAUUUUACAUUAUCAACUCAAUUGAUAAUACCAAAUUACCUUAUUACACUCUUCCACCAAUGCAUCACCACAGUUUCUUAAGAAACUUACCCUCUUUGCUUAGUUACUUACCUAAGUAUUAAACAACAGGAGAUUUAUUGAGAGAUAAGGCGUGCAGUCAUUGUUUCUUAACACACUUCUUUUACCUUCUUGACCCAGUAUGAGAUCAAAAAGUCUAUAUGAAUGUUAUUCUCUCUAGGAGGAGGGCUUGGCAGACAGAAAGAACUGGCUUGAAAUAAACCACCUUCUCCCCUACCCCCUCCCCUCUUCCUUGUCUCCUUUUUGGCUCCUUCCCCCUCUCCCUCUCUUGAGAGCCUUCUUGAUUCAGUCUACAAGUCAAUACAAUCUCUCUCUGUUGUUCUUGUGAUUAGUUUUUAGACUAAUAAUUAGGAAAUAAACUCCUUUGUCAGGUUCUUAAAGCCAGAAAACAGUACAGUGUUUGAACCACAGACUAGCUUAUGCUGAGAUUUAUAAUAUAAUCUUUGUAAUUGUGUUACUUUGAUAGGAUAAUUUCUUUGAUGAAGUGUUGGAGACAAAACAUCCACAGCUGCCCAUAGUGGUGUGUUUUUAUUCUCCAAGAAGUCCACGAACCCUUAAUUACUUGGAUGCUUUUCAUCGAUCAUAUGACACAUUCAUAAGAAUGAAACUCCCAGUGCGAUUUGCAAUGCUCAACAUCAUGAGUUACCCAGAAGGUAAUUAGUAUAAGUUACAAAUAUAUGGUUAAAAAAUAAGUAAUGUUGAUGAAGUCAGUCCUUACAGAGUUAAAUAAAUAGUGAAGACCCUUUAGCUUAUCCACACCCAUAAGCGAUCGUAACUUCUGUAAUGAAAUGUAACCUCUUCUUCUUAGAAACAUUCCCCUUUUUGGUAGAAGGGGGGGUUCUAUAUCCCGUCUUUCACCAACAACACUCAGAAGCUGUUGACACAUAACUUCUCCUUAUGAUAUCAAAACAAUAUCUUGUAAACAGGUGACAAGAAAAGACAAAUUUAUCAGCAAAAGGCUAUUAUCUUGAUGCAAUUCCAAAUUCUCCUCACUUGCUUAAAAGGAUGUGUGUAGCAGCCAGAAAAGAGAGUCACAGAUAACAUCUUGAGAUUCAAAGAUUGAAGAGAGUUUUGAGUGUAUCAGUAAACUCUAAUUGAUUAUCCUUUAAAUCCCAAGAUCUGAUUGUUAAUUCUUCCUUCUAGCUGUUACACAUUCCCUUUUAAAUUAGAGGCAAGAAUUUGGUGUUAGAUCAAGAGAACAACCUCUGGCUCUACCUGAUAUGUUUGAGUAUCUCAUUACCUGUUUGCUGUAUAAUGAAUGGAUAUUAUAGGGAGAAGGUACAUGUAAAUCACUUCUGGGAGUUAAAGGGUUAAACUAACAGAUAUCAAGUACAGCCUCAUGUUAGGAAUUCAAACCUUCUUUGUUAUCUUGAUAUGAAUUGUAAACUAAUGGAAUGUAUAUUCAUACAUGUCUGAUGUAAAAUUUAUUUGUAUUGUUCAGUUGUCCUGAGUGACUUUUCUUUGGCCUUUUUGCAUACACUGAUGAACUAAUCAAAAGUAAUAAUAGGGGUUAAUUAAUUUAUUGCAAAUCUUGGAAUUAUAAAAUUUUAUUGUCAUAUUAUCCAGUGAUAGCAAGAUACGUGAUUGCAUCAGAUGUGUACGCUGUCCCUUUUACCAUCGUUUUCUGGCAGGAAAGAGAAUCGACAUCACAGAGUAAGUUUUAAGUAACAUCUUCUCAUUCCCUGUUGCUUAUUGCUGUCUUUAGUUUUGCAUUUUGAAUAGGACCAUAUUUCUUUUGUAUAAAGCUGCAGAUGAAUAACUUUUCACAGUGCUCAGAAGACAUUGUGUAAUGUGCCUAAAUGUAAUAUUUUUAACUUGGUUACAAAAAUGUAUUUUUUCAACAGGGUUUAUAAUUAAACAACAAUUAUAUGACAAGGAUGUUCCCACUCCACUACUUCUUUAUGAAUUUCUGCAAACAUUGCCAGUUGUUGUGCUUCCCACUGCACCAGAUGAUGAUGAUGAUGAUGAUGAUGUUGAUGAAGUCUUUAAUCCAUGGAAGGAAAGUGAUGACGCUAAGGUUAAUAACACAAUUUGUUUCUAAAUUUUGUGUUUCUAUAUAUUAACCCUUUACACCCUAACAUCAGUAUGCAUAUUCUCCAUACUGUUCUCUAGACAUUUCCUGAAGCGCUGACAAGAGGAAUUUUUCUAAAAAUCCAUAGCAUUAAAAGUUGAUGUCUUUUCCUUAAUUCUCGUGACCUUAAUGUUUGAUUCAGGGGUGAUAUUGUAUGGAGAAAUUAGAAGCUGGUCACUCUUAGGGGUUAAAGGGUUAAGAGACUAAAUCUGUGAAAGGUUUGCAUGACGUUCAUUGGAGAUAGUUUAGCAGUUUGGCAGUGGCUGUUCAAAUUAGAUUAUUCUUUUGUGGUAUGUUUGUGUUAGAUUUUUAAUAUGGAAAAUAAGUUGGAAUUUUUUUUUUGGGAUCACACUUGAUAACUCAUAGAGAGACUUUUUUUUAAUAUGGAAAAUUAGUCUUUUUUUUUUGGGAUCACACUUGAUAACUCAUAGUAAAGUGGCUUUUGAUAUUAUAAAUAAACUACCAGACGCGUACAUGGGGGCCAUUCCAUGUUGAGCAUGAUAAAAUCGUAAGUGAGACAUGAAAAUCUCAUGAAGGCAUAUUCAGGGGAAGAUCCAGGGAUGUUGGAUAGGGAUUCAUUCACAACUGAUAUUCUGGGUCAACUAUCAUUGAAUCCGAAUGUCAUCGAAAACGUAUUUUCCAGAAAGUUUGCAACCUUGAUAUAUCAGAAGACAAGUGUGUCGAAGGAGAUAACAGCACUGUUACAGAUUUUGAGCACAAUAACGUUAUGUUUGGACCUCCUUUACCUCCACCUUCCUGGCAGACAAAGGUGAUCAUUAUCAUUGUUAUAACUAAAUUGUUCUCCUCCUUUCUAAUCUUGGUCUGAUAAUGCUUGUCGUGCAGUUUCCUACUAAGGAUUGUGUCGCAAACCAAAAUAACGCUACUUCCAUCCUAGACAUUUUAUGUGCUAUCAACUACCUGUACCUCCCAAAUUAGCCCAUGAAGAAGUUGUUGUACCCCAUUCUUUUGGAGUAAUUUUGAUUUAGUAAGUUUUCACUUAGGUUGUGUCGUUCUUCAACGAUUUCACCCGCAUGAAUACCAUUAGAAUUAGCUGUUACGAUGUUAUUGGUGUAAGCAGCUGUACCAUGGCUGCAUCAUCUCAGCCGAUCAGAAACAACCAGUCACGACUUGGUCACACGCGUUUUCCCGCGCUUCAGACCUGUAACGUGUAUUUGCUCUAUGCUCUGAUUGGUUCUUCGUGAUAUAUCUCUUCACUUUGAUUGGUCAUUAUAAUAACGCUUUUCACUUUGAUUGGUCAUUGCAAAAACGCUCUGUUUGUUUGGUCACAGCACCUUCUGCAGCCCUUUGCAUGACUACUACAAUCAUAUCUGUUUGAACGUGUUUCAUAGGCACAAGUUCAGAAGAAACAACAGAAAAAGCUUCAGUUUCAUUACGUGAAUGAUAAAACCUGGUCUUCUCUGGUUGAGCAAUCCGUUGGUCCAGUCAAGUCGUACACUGCCGCAGCUUUUCCAACCAUGCAAACUUCUCGUCUGUUUUCUGUAUCUUUGGUGAGUCAUCAGACAUUUAACCAGUGUAACAUACAUGUAGAAUACAUGUAGCCCUUUAUUUUAAUGAAACUGUUAAUUUACUCCUCCAGACCUCUGAUAUCCUACACGGAAACAACUAACGAAACUUGACGCGUGUUCAACCGCGCAAAACUUUUCGCGCGCUUUUACCCGCCAUUGUCACCUCUUACUUCGCUCAACAGACUAAGUAUGAAAAUACAAAGUGACUGACUUUGAUGUUAGGAAACAAUAAUUUAAUUAUUUAAGCGGAAUAAGAAAACUGAGUUUUGUCUUCGUAAGGAAUAAUUAGUUCUUCUGUGGAUUUCAUAUAGAUUGUGUUUCUUCAAGAGGGCUGCAGCUACUGCAAUCAGGUUUUACCAACAAUUGAACGAAUAUCAUCGGACGCCAAGUAUUUAGGUAUGUGUUAUAGUAUUAGAGCAAUUUUCCACUGAAUGUGGAAAGUAAUGCGGCAUUGCUCUGUUUUUGCCUUACUUCGCGCUGUGAUUGGUCCAGAAAACUCGCUACACUCAAUCAACCAAUCAGAUGGAAAACUAAGACCAAUCACGACUUGGUCGCCCGCGUUUUCCUGCGCUUGAGGCAAGUCGGAUUUUCUUUGAGUUCUCAUUGGCUCAUAGAGGUAUUUUCCUUUCUUCUGAUUGGCUUGUAUGAUUACUUUGGUUCGGUUUAACGACAUUCCGUCAAAAGAGAGUUUUUAAAAAGUAGAUAAGAAAACAAACUUUUGGGUAGAUGUUGUACAGCAUGCUUCAAGCGUAGCUUUGAGUAAUGAAAGUGGGAUUUUGGCUGAGACGCAAAAAUCGAUUAAAGAUAGAGAAGCCGAGUUCGCACUGUUUACUAGUCUUAUUGGGUUACUGCUACUUAGUAAGCUACAUAACUUGCACUUCUUUUCGUUCCAGGGGCGUCUGUGUUUGUACACAACUGUUCAACAGACCCUCUAACGUGUCAGCGGUAUGGCGUCACAGGUUUCCCAACGCUCACAGCUUUCCGCAGUCUGAGCUGGUCUGCAGUCGAGAGUUGUUCAAGUUCUCAUUCAACUUACAUCAGGCUGGACUACCACGGACCGAUAAUAGUGAGUCAUACCUUUACAGAGUGAUUGUUAACGUAGUAUUCACAUUGAUGAUUGAACGGGGCUGUCUUUUUUGCAGCCUCGGAAACAUAAAUAGCAUAAUACAGGCUCUUUGUCAGUGAAGAGAGCGAGAGACUAGCGCGCGAAACAUGGCAAGUAAGCGGACGAGGCGGUUGUGGUUGUCAAGGGAAAAGCUGUGUUUUUUUUGCAUUUUUUUUCGUGCUCCCGUUCACUUCGUGUACUUUUUUUUUUGCGCGCUCACAAUUUGCUCGUCGCAUCACUGACUGAGAGCGUAAAAGAGGCUAAAAGAUACUACACAUAACGAUGUAGAGGUGAAAAGUUAUUCCGUCGAUCCUUUUGUGGUUAGGCUCUAAUGAAAUAUAAAAUUCUCAUAAACUCUCUCAACCCUUUGAGAGUGAAAAGCAUUUAAAUUUUCCUCACAAGAUCACCCCUGAAUCAAACAUUAAGGUCACAAGAGUAAGGGAAAUGAUCACCAAUUAUUAAUAAAGCUCUUGAUUUUUAAACAAAUUCUCCUUGUCACCACCCUAGGAUUUGUGUAGAGAGCAGUACUGAGAAUAUGCAUACUGAUGUCAGGUGAGAAAGGGAUAAGGGCACUUUGGCGUGGUUCGCGCUGACAAAGAUGUAAAAUUGUACUCUCAAUAUUAGAAGCUGCGACAUGAGUCUAGGCUAUAUGUAAAAUUAGAUAUAGAAGUUUUCUUCUCUUUUAUUUUCAGGCAAAACUUGUACUUGAGUGGUUAUCCAACGUUAGUCAGCCGGCUGUGGAUAGAAGAUACUUAUUCGACUCCAUUCCUGAAAUGGUAUCUCUUUUAUUGCCUUUCUUUAAUUUAUAAGGAAGACACUGACAGCUUUAGCGUUUCAGUCUACGCCUCCUGGUGUCAUAACGAUUUUAAGGCACGUGGCGCUAGAAGUCACUCACAGCUUUACAGCAUCCAAAACAAUCCUAUGCCCCAUUCACACUAGAAGAACAUGUUUAGUUAACCAGCUUUAACUGAAUAAAAAAUUAGCAACAGAAAACUGAAGGACUAAAUGGGAUACAGGGCUCAAGGAAUCAAAACGUUUUCUAACCGUGUUUGACAAAACAGCUUUAAAACGUGUUUUAACUUUGGUGUGAAUGCGGUAUUAGUUCAUUGACGCUUAUCACAGAUGCCCUGAUAAUGCUAUUUUAAACAGUGUUCAAAACAUUUUCUAAACAGAAUUCCUCCUUUUGCUUAGUUUGCUGUAUCUAAAUUACUUUUGGCUCAAAAUACUUCUUUAACAGAUAUAGAGCUGUAAAACUUGCUGCUCUCUGAGCCAUUCAGGUGCAAAUAUACCAAAAUCAAAUGCGUUUUCUAGUUUACUCUCGAUCUUUUGAUGUUGAGCUCUGGUUGGUUUGUCACGUUAUAGUGCCAUUUUGAAUUGAGUGUGUAAAGUAAUCCGGGAUUGUCUUGGUUUAUACUCUGUGAUUGGCCCGGAAAAAAGUUGCUCCACUUCCUCGAGCAAUCAAAUACAGAGUUGAAGCCAAACGCGAUCUGGUGUUUAGCGUUUACCCGCCUUUCAGGAAGUUCAAAUGUUUUUGCUGUGACCUCAUUUGUUAUACUUUUUGUUGUUGGUUCUGAUUGGCUGUUGCGAUCUCUUUGGUUUUGCUUCUAGACGGUCGGUUUAAAAGCGCUCUAUAAGUACCUAUCGUUUGGCAGAAUGUGAAAUUUUUAGUUCGAAUUAAGUAGAGCGACCCCGACCCCCUCUGACGAAGGACUAACCCUUGAAUCACUCUGUAGAGGGGCUAACGCUCAAAACGUCAGCCUUUAAACUAUUUACGGUGGCCACUUUACGUUAUCAACUCAGUCGAUAAUAAUAAAUUACCCUGUUAUACCCUCCCACCGACGCAGCACCACAUUUUCUUCAGAAACUUACCCCCAUUAUUCGAUUGUGUUUCCUUUUCCUAAGGAUAUGGACGUCAGGUUGAUUGGCACGCUAUACACACGGACUCUUGCUCGCCGCUAUCUUGCCACAACUCUUGCCAACAAGUGGUACCCUUUUCACUGUUUUCAACUGGUUUGUGAGCUUCUGUAUGGUCGCGUACCUUGCUUUGCGAUUUACACCAGAGAUGUUGUUGAUGAUGGAAGGAAAACGAAAGCAAAAGAUCAAGAUCUUGUGCUAUCAAAGGUACACUCUAUUAUUUACACCAAUAGAUUGGCUGCUCCGUAAUAGCCAUAACUAGUCUAAGGCGGGUCAGUAUAAUUAACAAUGGUAAUAGGACCGAGGGGAGUCCAAUUCGGUUUGUAAUCACACGAGUGAUUAACAAAAUCGGACGACCGCGAAGCGGAAGUCCGCUUUUUUAAUCACGAGUAUGAUUACAGACAGAAUUGGACGGCACAAAGUCCCAUGACGCGUUCUGUCCACUUACACAGGCAUGACGUGUUAACUGUCCCUUUAACUGUCCUAUUACACUGUCCAAUUACAAGCAUGACACGCACACUGUCCUAUUAAUGCUCAAAUCAGGCUGGUGAUAACCAAUCACGUUCGAGAAUUUUGUUAUAAUUUUGAUUAAGAUUUAGGUAACUGACUAAACUGUCUAAGCUGACUGCCUAAACUAAAUUUUAUUAGUGUUGGGAAAGACUUACAAUCGAACAAGAAAUCGUUUGAAAAUCAUUGGGUAAAAUCUCUGAUAUUACAUUAGGAUUUGCAAAACAUCAUGGAGUGUUUUUCGGUUCUGUUUGUAAAAUAACGAAUUUUUUAUCACUGUUAUCCGGGUUUUUUUCGUGAAAUAAAAAGCAAAUUGAACUUUUAAACUUUUGGAACUCGGCUUCUCGUGCUAAGGGUUUUAAAACAACAUUCUCAUUUGGAUGUACAGGUAAAAGAGAAAAUUAAAACACUUUUUGAGACGUAAAAAAAUCAUGUAGAAAACUAUUUUAUUACUGCGGUACGGUUUGUUCGUAAAAUGCUUUUUUGGUUCUUUUCUCACGAAAAGAAAGACUUGCUUACGAUUUUAGGUCGACAGCGGAAGUUGACGAAAAUUUCGAACAAUUUUGCCAACAUCUUUUUGAUAGAAAACGCAUUUACGCAUGGAUAUCUUUUUCUUUGUUUUGUUCUGUUCUUUGUUGUCGUUGUUUUGUUUUGAUUUUCCAUAUUUGCUUUAGAACAUCUCUCACUUUUAUCGUUUGUUGUUAGCUUGAGCUUCAAAGAAGCGAUGGUGUUAAAGUAAAAGUUUUUCAGUUGGGUCAAAAUUUGGAAUCUUUGAUCAACAAUCAAAGGGACACCAGACUGCACAUGUUUCACGACACUCACAGGUUGGUGCCGUCCAAUUUACUUUCUCACAAGUGAGAUUAAAGCGGAAUUUCUCCUUACAAUCUCGAUACAUUUUAAAGCAAAAGGGAGACGAGAAGAAUGUAAAAUAUCAUCAAGGGAAUAUCGUUUCAUUCAACGCUAAAAUCUCGGUACUAAAAAUUUUAAAUAAUGGAGGAUAGACAUUACUGAGAAUAUAUAUUUGGCUCUUGGGAAUGAAAGGGUUGAAUUCAUGUAGACAUUUUCAUAAUUUUUAAAUAUAUUCUGUCCAGAUAAUACGAAUUCAUGGCAUGGUGUUAAGAGCGCUCGUUGACGUCAGUGUUGCGCGACUACUCCCCCCCCCCCCCCCCCACGGAUCUGACUUAGUUUAUAAGGGUUCGUGCAAGAGGUUCUAGCAGUGCACUUUGACUCUGAUACUGACACUGCAGUGGCAGAUCCAGCAUACCCUUAGGGGUAUAACAUCAACAUUCUUUCAAUGACAGAACCGUAAUAACCAAUACGGCGGCUGUUUUGUGUUUUUCAUGUGUGUAACCGCGAGUGAAGUUGAGGUAAGGGGAUGAAGGUUGGUCGAGAAGUAAUUUUAGACUCUCCCCCCCCCCCCCCACCCUUUCAGCGAUGAUUUUUCCUUGACCCGACCCUCCACUGACUGUAUUUCUUUCUAGGACCACCCUUACCUUUAAUAACACCUUUUCUGGAUUAGGAUUCUUAAAUUCAUACAUUUACAGAUACGAAAUGCCCAAGAACUUCAAAUGUGAAUACAACCACAAAAUAUGCACAGAUAUUGCUUUGCGCUUUGUUCAAGAUCACCGAAGACUUCCAGUUCUUCAUAUGACCUCAGCUGCAUUUCACACCAAGUUGGGGUAAGUAUGUAAAACACUUUCAGUUUAGACUCGAAAGUUAUUUGAGACUGCUUUGCUUUUUUGCUCUGUGAUUGGUCCAGAAAACUCGCGCCACUCUCUCAGCCAAUGAGAUGCAAAACUAAAACCAAUCACAACUUGGUCGCCCGCGUUUUAGAUUGUUUGGUUGUUUUUACUUUGAGUUCCGCGAAUUUGGAGAUGCAAAAUCAAAAGCAGUCCUGAAUUUGUCACCCAAGUUUUCCCAAGGGUUGGUAAAUGUGAUGUCACCCGUUGCUCUGAUAAGCGGUUGGUGGGUUGCCAUAAUGGAAAGGAUAUAGUCAGGAAAAAUUAUUUUAGGAGUGCGGUUUACGCUUGACUGGCUGGGGCUUUUGAGUUAGCCCUGUACACCCUAACAUCAGCACUUAUAUUCUCCAUACUGUUCUUUAUACAUUUCCUAAGGUGCUAAGAAGGAGAAUUUGUUGAACAAUCAAGAGCUUCUUUAGCUGUUGAUCAUUUCCUCGUGUGUUUUGAUUCUGGGGCGAUAUUAUAAGGAGAAGUUAGAUGUUAAUCACUCACGGGUCACAGGGUUGGGGCUGUUGAUGUCGGAAAGGUCGGAGUGGGUGCAGAAGUUUUAUUGAGAAUAACCUUCGCAAAAGCAAAGACUAUUUUCAAACUUGAUUUUUUUUUCAUCAGAGUGGGGGGACGUUUGUGAAUUCAGUCCGUCAUUUCGAUAGCUCCUUUAAUAGUGGGUAUUUUCUUUCCUUUCAGAUCUGAAGAGAAUGCGAACUUCGAACCUUAUGCACACAACUUGCCCAUACUGUUCGCACUGGCACACAAGAACAACGUAUCGAAAGACAGCUCGUUUUAUAAGGUGAGGAAACUUAACGACCAAAGAAUCUCGUUACCAUGCUUGCUAUGCCGUUCGUCAAUAGCUCAGUCUCCCUGGUAAUGUCACUUGCAGCCGAUGUUGGGUUAUGUCACGCAAUGCACAUUGCCGGACCAUGGGAAGAGAACACCUUGCGUGACUACGCCGAUCAACGGCUGCGAAGAAGAACACAUCUUUCUUAUUUUUUUGUUUGCGUGUUUUUUUCAGGAGCUCCUAGAAUCAGCUUACACAUUGUACAAUGAAAUGGUGUUUGUGACUUUGGAUAUAGACGAGUUUGCGCACUGGGCGAGUCGUUUUGUACCUCGAGAUUACCAUGCCAAGCAUGCUUUUGGUAAGACGCCUCUUUCCUUCUCUGAGUUUGAGUCUUUGUGGCUUGACUUGGCUUAGCUCAGCUCAGUAUUUAUUCAGACGAAGUUUGAAAAUGAAUGGACGAAACAAAACUAAGUUAUCUCUUCGACAUGUACUUACUUUUACUCAUAGACUGUUUUCGUUUUAAUGACACUCUUUCGAGAUGCGCUCCACUGCAAUAUUUCAUAGCUUGUGAACCUGCGGGCAGGAUCUCGUCAGCUUGUGAACAGGCUCUAGUUGGAAGGGCCGAGAAAGAACUGUCCUCUAUCCUCUAGCAAAGUAGUCGGUGGGGUGGGGGUGGAGGGGGGGGUCAUAAGGAGAGCCCUCACCCUCCUAGCUUCAAACCCAUCACUUCCCCCUCUCAGACUGUUUUUUGCCGCCUUUCUCUACGCCCCAUCUUCGGCUUAAGAUUUAUUAGGUCAAAGGAUAGUUUCUGCUUCGUGACUUAUUUCUUGUGCGAGUAUGAUUUUUUUCUUUUUUCUCCUUACUCAGGAAGACAAGCUGAGAACGUCCCCCCCUUGUACCACUAUCCUCGGCUAUGUAUCAUUCAACACGACGAUCAUCAACAUGCCGCUUUUUAUCCUCCUAUCGAAGAGCUACAUGGUAUGGGGACUAGAAUCCAGGCGCGGCUCAAUCAGAUAACUUCCCAGCAGAUUAUAAAGUUUGCUCAGGAUUACCUAAAGGAUCCUUCGGCGUUAAUUGUAAAAACAGAAUAUUUUUAAAUUUAAUUGAUAUAGGACGAUUUUGAAAUACAGUGGAACUUCUUUUUAUAACACCUUUUUCAGGGGCAUCCCUAUUCAAGGAAAAGAACCUGUGAUCCCGAUUGUAAAAAUGUUCUCAUAGCUUUAGAAAGAGACAUCUUAAAUUCAGGGAACUAUUUUUGUAGUACCAAGGGUGCCCCCCUGAAUUGAGAUUAUUCGGUAUAUGUUAACUCUAUACAGGGGAUUUUUUUAUGGUCCUAGGGGUGCCCCUGAAAGUAGGUUCCACUUUAGCCUCAGGUAAAUUAUAAUGGCUAGGUUAUAAAAGUAUUGCUGAAACUUUACUCCUCUUCUGUGUAGUUUCAAUCUCAUGUACUUUCUUUAGGCAAUAUUCAAAGGACAAUUUUUUUUGCACAAAGCACACGCAAUGUAAAUAACCAAACAAUUCUGCUACUCCUUGUGAAACAAGAUAUUUAUUUUUAUACGUAUUUAUUCAAGACGUAGCUUUAGUGGUU